CACCCGCGAACGGAUCACAGGUUGAAUGGUUUGAAUCGAUUUUGUAGUUGCCGCUUCACUAAUCAUGUAAUUGAACUUACGAUCUAAUAAAAUUCAACGCGUGAACUUAUUUAAGUAUGGGAAUCAUCGCCAAAGACACGAUAGUGAUGCCGCAGUGUUCAUCAUAGUGAAGAAACGUGCAGUGAAUUUUAAAGGACUCGCUGUUAAAAAAUCAUUGAAUGUUAAUGGACUACAAAUAGUCAAUUGAUUCGACUAUUCUAUUAUUAGAAUACCGAAUGGUAUUUAGAUUUAGAAGUUAAGUAUUUAAGGACUAAAAGAGUUUAGAGAAUUAUGUCGGAAGAACGUGCAAAAAUGGUAGAAGUAAUUAAAGAAUCGACGGAAUUGGUCGAGAGUCCAAAAGUAUCUUCGUUUAGUAUCGAAAGUCUUCUAGCGCCGAGCAAGAAAACCGUCGAAGAAGAAAUUCGCAUGCCAAUCCAGACCGAAGUGUAUCUGCACGGUCAUGAAUCAAAUGAUUCGGAAGGACGGAAACUGGUAGUACCUGAUUCUUCCAUGUCUAUGAUAGAAGAAAUCGAAUUCGACGAUGCUGACGUGGUUUGUUCUACCUCGCCAGAACCAGAAAUGUGCUACGAGGCGUGUACUAGCAGCAGCGGUGCCAAUUCCACGACAGGUGUGGAUGGAGAGAUUCAAGAGAAAAGUGACAACGCCAUUAGCGAUGAUGAAAGAAAGAAGAGGCCUCGCACAGCGUUCACCGCAGCGCAGAUUAAGUCUCUGGAAGCGGAAUUCGAGAGGAACAAAUACCUGAGCGUGGCGAAAAGGCUGCAGCUUAGCAAGAGUCUCAAGCUAACCGAAACUCAGAUUAAAAUCUGGUUUCAAAACAGACGCACUAAAUGGAAGAGGAAAUACACAAAUGAUGUGGAACUGUUGGCACAACAAUAUUAUUCCAGCUUAGGAAUCCCUGCACCCCGACCAAUUUUUGUCGAGGAUCGUCUUUGGUUUUUUAACUACCCAGCGCAGUUACAACCAGGAGCACCGAUUUUCCCUCAGCAUUUAGCAACUGUUCCUAUGCCGCCAGCUUUGCCUAUUGUACAACCAUUGCCAAGCAGCUUAACAAUGGGUCAACAAACUUCGAUUUUUCAAAAUAUUCCUGGAAGUAGUUCAACGUAUCACCUAAACCAAAGAUUGGAUUUCAGGCACCAAGAUUCUUAAAUAUAAAGAAGACUUUAAUAAAUCUAAGAUUUUUCUAAAUCGUAUGGUGCACUAUGGGUGCAAAUUCGUGUUGAACGAAAAUAAAUCUGAAGCAAUAAUUUUGAAAUGCAAUGUUAAUGACUGUUCAAAAGAGGGAAUAUAUAUGUACAAAUAUGAUUUGUUGGAAAAUAAUACUUCAAUUCACACGCGUUAUCGCUGGCCGAAUCGGCCACAUUUGCAUGUAUAUUGCGUGACGAAGAACGCAUCGAAAUAGAAUGAGAUAGAGCAUUACGCGCUGGCGUAAAUUCUGGCGGGGAUCGGGGAAUGGAUCCCCGUUGUUGUAUGUGUAGAUAUCUAUCCAACGAAUAAUUUCGAUACGAUGGAUGAUUAAGUUAAUAUAUGUAACUAAAUUCUUAUGAUCGCAAGAAAUAAUGUUAAAUAUAGUUUCUAUCAAAUAUACCAAUCAAAUUAGAUAUAAUAUUUAUAAUCAAUCAUCGGUAGGUGUGUAAAAAACGCAAGAAGAAAAGAUACAUUUUAUAUUUGCAUUUAUUGUAGGGAGUAUAUACAGUAAUUUUUGUAACAGUCUUCUUGUUUUUAUUAUAAAACUAACAAAUAUAUUUUCAACUUUAAACAAUAUAAAAUACAUUAUUCUUAUAUUAGAAAACUGGGUUGAAAACAAUAAAGUAUUUAUUGAC